UCCCGCCACACCACACCCCCGAGGACAUGGGACCGCCCCCUGGGCUCCGCGGAGCAAGGGGUGUGCGUGAGUCUCUGCCCUAGAAGGAGAAGAGAGUUGAGCAGUGGGUGUUACCAGGGUCCACCGCCCUACCUCGGACACGCACCCACACACACCGGUGGAGGAGAUAGCAGUGUUCCCGCUCCGGCAGGUGGACAGAGCCAGCCAAGGAGGCGCCCCCAACUCAGCAAGCCCUGCCAGCAGACGCUGUUCACACUGACCUGUGAGGACAGAUUGCGAACGAAGCCACGCUUGGUGACAGCCGGGUGACACGUCAGCCUCCAGUUCUCUCAUUGUUGGGUCCGGAGACGACAGGAAAAUGACGUCCAAUGACCAAAAGGUCACUCGCAGAGCCAAGGUGGCUCCUGCCAAGAGGAUGAGCAGGUUCCUGAAGCACUUCACCGUGGUCGGGGACGACUACCACACGUGGAACAUCAACUACAAGAAGUGGGAGAACGAGGAGGAGGAGGAGGAGCCGGCCCCCACCCCAGCGGAGGGGGAAGGCAGUGCCGUGGGCGCUGAUGCCGAGGCUGGCCCUGUCCCCGCACCCAGGCCGACCCUGGACUUCAGGAACAGGCUGAGGAAGCUCUUCACUUCCCACAGGUUUCAGGUCAUCAUCAUCUGCCUGGUGGUCCUGGAUUCCCUCCUGGUACUUGCUGAGCUCCUCCUGGAUCUGAGGAUCAUUGAGCCAGACAAGAAAGACUAUGCCGUCAAGGCCUUCCACUACAUGAGCUUUGCCAUCCUGGUCUUCUUCAUGUUGGAGAUUUUCUUGAAGAUCUAUGUCUUCCGCCUGGAGUUCUUCCACCACAAGUUUGAGAUCCUGGACGCCAUCGUGGUGGUGGUGUCCUUCGUCCUCGACCUCAUCCUCUUCUUUAAAAAUCACCAGUUUGAAGCUCUGGGCCUGCUGAUCCUGCUGCGGCUCUGGCGGGUGGCCCGGAUCAUCAACGGCAUCAUCAUCUCGGUGAAGACACGCUCGGAACGGCAGAUCUUAAGGUUAAAGCAGAUAAACAUUCAACUGGCCACCAAGAUCCAGCACCUGGAAUUCAGCUGCUCUGAGAAGGAACAAGAAAUUGAGAGACUCAACAAGCUGUUGAGACAGAACGGACUUCUGGGGACGGGAACUAGCCUUCCAGAAGCUCUACCCUAGAGAACUGUGUGCUGCCAAGUCCGGUCCUCAUCUUUGCCUUGGCUUGCGCUCGCUGGAUGCUGGGGACACCUCUCCGUCCGCUCCGCUGCCUCUUCCGUCCGACCCGGAGCCACCCAUCCACGUCCUCCUCCCGCAGCGAAGGAAUCAUGACCACCUUUUCUCAGCUGGACUCUGCUCGAAAAUGGACAAGGAAUCGGGCUUGUAAAACUUAAUGCCACUGCUUCCCUCCGUGUGUAGGGGACCGGCCCACCCUUUCAUAAGCACAUUCUGAAAGAAGAAGCUGGCACCUCGCCCCAGCCCCUUCUAGAAAACCUUUCUUGGCCGGUCCACAGCUUCUGGCGCUGCAUCCCCUAGGGGAGGCAUCCUGGUACCCAGCCCCUCCUCGGCAGCAUCCAACUGUGUCAGCUUCCAACUGACUCUGCUCUCAUCAGCAUCGCUCCCAAUUACUGUAUAAAAUAAGCACCUUCUUUCUCCUGGGCCCGCCUACCACACUUUCUCCCGGGUGGCAGCCCACACCAGCCCACCAGUUAUAGAGCUAGCUCACUGCAGGGGGGGCCCCCAGGCGGCCCUGUAAUUAGCAUCAUCUUGGGGUACAGUGCCCUUGUGGGCACACGUUUUUACACAGCCUCUUGCAGGUUUGUACUUCUCCAACGCUGAUGGGCAUUUUGAAGACAGCUCCCGAGAGAGGAGGGGUAAUGCAUUGAGGAGGCUCUCCAUGCAUUGCUACAUUAGGCUCUGUCCCUCCCAGCUCACCAGAGGCGACGAGGCCCGUGACCACCAGACCUGACCCCCUCGCCCAGCAGGGUGAAGUUUCUGAGAGGAAAAGACAGCGGAGAUGGGCAAAGGGCUGGCUUAAGGGGACGAGGACCUGGGUCAGGGUCUGUCAGGGUGGGUACUCACUGCUGCAGGGCCCACCCGCAUCACACAAACGGGAAGAAGAAGCUGAAGGGCAGCCUGGCGUUGAUGGUGGGCGGGGCGCGGAAGCCUGCCUCCGCAGGGGCCGACACAUCCACAAACGUCACUGUGGUGGAGAUGACCACCGUCCUCUCGGGCCCUGGCGGGGGCUGUAAUGGAGAGACAGAACGGGCACGGUCAUCCUCCUCCUCCUCGCUCAGCUGGAGUCUGGCAGGCCUGUGGAGUCGCUGAGGCCCGGCGCAGCCGAGCUGCACCACGCUGCAGGCUGACCCAGCAAGAGCAACCACGGUUCGGGGUUCACAAGAACUGGGACCCCGAAUAAAACCUGUCAGUGAGUCUUCCCCUCGAAGUACAAGUUAAAGGAUGAUGAUGAAACUGUUUUAAGAUUCAAGAUGACCGUGAGGCAUGAUGGCACUUGCCCCUUAUUACUCAGGAGGCUGACGCCAGGAGUCACAAGUUUGAGACCAGCCUGGGUUACAGGAGACGAGCCUAUGUCAAAAUACCAGAUUCCGCCAGGCACAGCAGCACUAGCUUCCUGUCCCUGAACGUGGGCUGUGACAUGAGGAUUAACAGCUCAAGUCCAGCCUUGAGACCCUGUCUUAAAAAAGACUGAAAUCUAAAUAGAAAUUAUAAUCCUUCACACAAGUAAUAAACUUUUCCUGUCACACCUGC